UUCUGAAGACCCAGUGCCAUUCUGCUCCAGGAAGCUGCAGAAAGAGCACCCUGCACUUACAUCUCAGAGGCUCUGGUGUUGAUGAGAAACUUUUUUGCGUGCAUUUGUUAAUAGUGAAAUGGCUUUUUCAGGGAAAGAAGACUAAAAUGCUCUUCAGUAAUGACUGAUUUGUGUGAACAAAUAAAAGUAUUUUUGUAGACACUUAUCUUUGAUAAUCUGUAUUGCCUGUUAUUCCUGGGUGCAUGAACCUUUUCAAGAUGUAUGGAAUAUCACAUGUUGCAUCAACACCGAGAGCAAGUUCAACAGCGUUUGAUGGAGAGCACAGACGUAGCCUCUCAGAACAUAUUUUGCGGAGUUAUGCUUGUGCCUUUCUGGAUGAUGACACUGCCUAUGGGUGUUGUUCCACCGACCCUCUGAGAGGCUCCCUCUUCACAUGUCGCCGCAGCCCCCGACUGCUUUCUAAUGGUUAUUACGUCUUGACAGAAGACAGUUUUCUGUCUGAUGGAGAGGGCAACAUAACGCUGACACCAUCCCAGACAAGUGUUACAUACAAAGAGAACUUAGUUCGCAUAUUCAGGCGGAGGAAGAAAAUCCGCCGCUCUCUUGCCAGCUUGUUCAGUCUCAGUGCCUCCAGUUCGUGGCUCAGCAGCACUGUCCUCACCAAUAGGGAGUCCUCCCAUGGAGAUGAUCCUUGGCCUGAUGGAUGCAGUAAACUAGAGGACAGUCAGGCUGAUAUUGGCGAUUCAGACUUUUCCUCUGAAUAUGAUAGCCAUGUGCCACAAAGGCAAACUCCAGCAUCUAUUGGAGCUUCUCUCAGCAAAGAUGAGGAGUUUAUUCAGCCUGGGAAACCAUUUUGUGCUUCACUGUCCUGCGCUCAGUUCAUGAUAAAUGCAAAUGAAGAGACAUUGAGCAAGGCAGAAUCCAGCACAGUGCGAAAUGUUCUUGCUCAGAUGGCUGCACUGAUCUUGUGUUUAAUCAUUUCAAUAUGUUCAAGGUAUUUUCUGGGAGGAUUGUCUGCCACUUUGUUGCUGAUAAUUUUAGUUUUUCUUUUGUCCCAAGAUGCUGCUCUGUCAUCUUUUUUCAGUCUUGUCACAUCUUUCAAAACAGCUAAGUUUUGGAAUAAUUGAAAAGCAGGAAUAAUUGUCAAGCUUUAUUCUCUGUCUCCAGUUUCUGUUUAUCAAGCAUUUCUAAGUCUCUUAAAACAAGAGCACUGACUUCUUUCUACUGCACGUUGGCCAUCCCAGUCCUGGUUCCCUCAUUUCUUUCGUCUCUCUAAGUUGAAAAGACAAAAAUGAAAAGAAGAACUUAAGUAGAGCUGUGCCCAGGUCUGUGUUCCUCGUAGUGUGGAUAAAACAGCCUUGUUCGUCAGUUCUUGGAUAAUGCAGCUCAGCUUCUGAGAUCUAAGGGCAGCUGCACAGCUGCGGAUGCAACCUUGGAGUCAUUCCUCAGAAAGAGGGUGUUCAUCCCCAGAACAAAGCAUUUUAGAAGUGCAUGGAGGCACUUGAUCACUUUGCACAGUAUGAAAGCCUAUGAUGAAAAAUGCCUACUGCUCAUCCACAGCCAAGCAGCGGACACUAGUUAUGGCAUUUCUUACAGUCAGUGGGACUGUUUGUCCAUGGGCUACAACACCAGAGGUUUAAAGCUGACUGAUUUUGAAAGCCAGCAUCAGUAUUAACCAAAGCAGGUACUACAGGAUGGAAUGGAGAGCUUGGGACUUGUUGCCUAGCAGAAGUGAAAUACAGGUUGGUCCAGGACACUGGAGACAGCAUGCCAGCAUCUCGAAACAAGCUCUUCUGCCUUUCACAGGAACUUAAAGGCAGAGUGUUUACUUCUAUACAUUUCACUAUCAAUUCACUAACAGUUUUCAUUUUUCUUCCUCCUCAAAUUUAUUUUCCUCAUCAUCAACCUACUAGAUACCUCCUUGUGGCCACUGUUACACGUUCCCAAGGAAACAAACAAACAAACAAACAAACAAACAAAAAAUCAAGGCAAUCAGAAUUGUUUGUGUUCUUCCUUUAAAAUACAAUUCAUUUUAGCUUUAUUUUUAUUCUGGUCAAACUACAGGUGAUGCCAUACUUCUUGGUGACCAUCUGCAAGCAGUAAUGCAAAAUGAUUGCAGUACCUCUAGUCUCAUGUCAAGGAAGCCCUGCAUAAGCAUCAAGUCUUACAAGUACUUUGAUAGUAAACUGAUGGUGAAAAUGUUUAGCAGUCCUCAUUAAUUUUGCUUUUAGUAAACAGCUAAUGUCUUCAAAUACUUUAUAUCGAUUAAUUUAUUGUAACGACACGCUGUCAAAAAUAAUUGGUUUGGAUAAUGAGUGAGUACAUGUGGUAAUAUUUCAGAAGCAUUAUUCUAUCCUGUGUGCGCAUUGUCUUUUGGCAGUUAUACCUAGCACUGUAGAAAGAGAAAAGAGGAUGAAAGAAACAUCACAAAAAGUAAAAAUUAAUGAUGACAAAUUAGUGCCCAAUUAUUAGAAGGAAGGGAUUUUUCAGAAAACCAGCAAUCAGUAUGUGGAAAAACAAUAAUUAAUCUGAAUUACCUGGGUUAUGAUACAAAACAAAACAAAGAAACAAUAACAAACAGACAAAAAACACCCUGCAGCUAGUAACUGUAAUUUGGAAACACUGAGCCAUAUUUUUCAACUUGCAUCUUUGCUACCACAGAGACUAUAUUACACGUAGAUCCUGUGGGUAGCCAAAAACUGCUGUCUUGUGACUCCAAGCUUUUAAUAAUCUGCUACUUUAAAUAUCUCCCUAUAUGCCAGUUUAGCUAGGACAGCAUGGAUUUCAUUUUCCUGUGCAACAAAAUGAUGAUAAUGUGUACCACCAAAUCAAAUGCUGACCACCAAAUCAUUCUAUAACUAGUGCUCCUUCUAGUCUACUUGUCCCCUGUUGUGCUAAAGUGAUGCUAGCACAGCCCCAGCUGGUAAAUCAGAUGUGAAAUACUGGCUGUGGAAGAACUCGGGCUGCUGACGGGAUACAAACAGGCUGGCAGACAUAAUGACUGGGAUUUCAAAACUGCGACGAAAGCACGUACACGAAAGGUUCUGGUGGAAAAAAGAAUCUACAAAACUGAAACACCACUGUCUGUCCAAUUCUAUGUCCACGCCAAGAUCAAGCACAUUAUAGCCAUAUUUCUAGCAUCAAAAAUCCAAAGUGAGGCAAUGAAGAAAAGUGUACUUCCAGCAAUUUAAUAUGUAUGUUUCUCUUUCAAAGAGUAAAUAAAUAUAUGCUAGUAAUAUUUUGAAGUGAAGAACCAAUAGCUCAACAUUAAGAGCUCAAACAGGGAAAUGUCACCCAAAUUAACAAUUUAUGAUAGUAAUUUACAUUAGCUCAGAUCAUUGCAUUGGUCUUAAGUGAAGGCAGACUAUCCAAUGUAACAAGACUUGGGUUUACAGUUUCAAUAAAAGGUGAGAAGGGAAUGUUCUUUUCAUAAAACUUAUGUAUAGUGUACCUAGAAUGGUAGUUUUAAUACUCAUCCUCACGUUUAGUUGUAGUUAAUGCACUUGAGUAUUUUUGUUAGUAUUAUUCUGCUUUGUUUUGUUUAACUAUAGAGAGCACUGAGAGUAAGUGUCAUUGUGUAAUAUUUAUAAAUAUGCUGUGUUAUCUAUUUUAUUGCUAGUUAUACCAGGUCCUUUACUAAACCUUUUUUUAUUUUUAUUUUAUUUUUUAUUUUUUUUUAAAGAGGAUUAAAAGACCUUAGUAUUUAAAUAUUUUCCUGGAAGAAUAAUCUGGAAAAAUAAUAUCCUGUACUGAGACAAAAGUCUAAGACUGCAAUUACCCUGCAGUUACAGAAGUGAUACUCUGAAAAGCAGGAAAGCUUAAAUUCACUGUAAGCUAGUUAGUGGACAUACAAUAGCAAGUUAAGAAGAAGCUGAUUUAGCUUGCUAAAAGUUUGGUGUAAUAUGAAUUGCUUUAAUCUGUCUAUGAAAAAAUAAAAGCUGUAAAUUACGAGUGUUCUUGUCAGGAGAGGGGGAAGCUCUGGAACAAUUUUGCAAUUGGAGUUCAAGGCUAAAAAUAAGAUGCGUGGGAUCUGCUAAGAGAUGCCCUCUGUGAUAUUCAUUAACGUUGAAUUAACGAAGUUCUCUUCAGUUACCACACUGAUUGCCUUUGACAGUUCCCUGCAGUACAUUCCAAUGGACAGAAAAGCAAACCUUAUAAUGUUUCCCUGAAAAGAAGCACAAUACUGUGCUAAGUUCAAUCCCAUCAGAAGAAAAAUUGAAGUCAAAAUCUAUCUGCUGAAAAACUGAAGACAACGUUUUCUAAUCUAAAUGAUUAAAUCUGGACUGUCAGAUGUAAUUAGUAUUUGCAAUUUCUGUUAACUAGGGAAUAAAUCCUAGAAUAAUUUUGAACAGUAAUUCUGAUAAAGUAAAACCAUUUGUUGAUCGGUGAUUAACCAACACAUCUACAAAGAGUGAGGACUACUAGAAUUUUCUUUCUGUCCUCAGUGAUUAAACUCUUACUCAGUUUUAAUAUAGUACACUAUUAAAAAAAAAAAAAAAAAAAAGGAAAUCAAAGAAGAAAUUCAAGAUAGAGAUUUAUAACCCCCUGUACAUUAUCUGAUACCUUUCCUUACAAUUAUUUUUUAUCAUUAUGACUUGUCUUAUAUUUCUUGGUGUGUUCAGCAGAAUUUCAAGGUCACUCUUGAAUAUAUAUCACAUAGUGCUUAAUAGUGUGGAUGUUCAUGUCGAAGUGAACAGCAGCAAGCAGAAUGAUAAUAGUUACGGAGUCCCUUAGCUUAUAAUGUUCCUAGUGUGUGAUCAAGUCUGUUUUGUAUUUAUCCUGGAAGUAUUACAAGUAGAACUCAAACCAUAUGGACUAAGAUUAACAUUUUGACUUAAAUGGUAUUGAAUUAACCAUGCUGAUACAGGAAAUAGGUAUGGCCAUUCAGCCUAGUUGUUUCUUUGUGUAUUUUUUUGUGAAUUAGCUGCAGAAUUUUGUAAACAUCUUUGUAUAUUUUAAUAUAUACUGAGCAAAA